GGAGGAGGGAGAUCGAAGUCAGAGGAGGAGAAAGAGAGAUGAUUGUAGUGGGUGACUCGCAAAGUGUGGUGGUCGGCUGUUCGACGAAAGGCAGAUAGCGCCAUUAGUUGUUGCUGGGCCAGAGAACGUCGAGCCGAUGCGCGGUACGGCCCUGGCCGUCGACGAAGAGGAAGAGGAGGAGGACGAAGAAGAUAGAAGAGGGCACAGCGGGGCCUUGAGGGCCGCGAUGUACCCCUUCAUGUCUAAGAAACGUCACCCGAAACUAGCCAGAGAAUUGUUUUUCUUCGCGGUGCUUGGCUGCCAUUUAAUUAUUAGCAUUGCCUCGCCUCUUCAUCCAGUGCCACCGCACAGAGGUAUUACUCACGGCUCUUACAUCGGCUAUUACGAGGUGGCCUCCUAUGAUACCGCGGCCUUGAGACAACAUCGUAACCGGAUGCGACGCGAUGUCUUCGGCGCGGUCGACAAUCAGCCUCUGCUGUUACAUCUGAAGGCUCUCGACAAGCAAUGGACACUGCGUCUGAUCAGAGACAGAAGCCUGUUCAGCAGAGACGCGACAUUCGAGAGCACGAACGGGCCUAUCGACUUCGACACCGCACAUUCUUACGUGGGCACAGUGUUAGAGGAUGAAAACGCGAUGGUGCAAGGCCUCGUGACGGAAGAUGGACUGUUCGACGGGACCGUGGUCACAGGAUUCGAGGAGUACUACAUCGAGCCAACGAAUAGAUACUUGAACAACGAGGAGGACACAUCUCCACCGUAUCACAGUAUAGCCUAUCGAGUCUCCGAUGUAUUAACACCUCGUAGAGCAGUGCCUUGUGCUAGUCAUCAGUUGCAUCUACCAGAUUCUCACGUUUCCGUGGAAAGCACUGCCCACGGUUAUGGCAACGACUCCAGGACGCUUUACGAACCUGUGCUCGGCGAGAACCUAGCUCUCUACUCCAGGGAAAAUGGUGCGCGUGUUUUAACACUGGAGAGAGAUAAGAACGCCGCGCGUAUGGAAACAAAGAGCGACGGAGAUCGAACCGCGAGGCAUUUGCACAAACGUGCUACCGUCGAUCCACGUAAAACCACCUGCAUGUUGUAUCUACAAGCGGACCAUCAGUUUUUCGCGCGAUACGGCACGGAGGAGGCUUGCAUCGAGGUGAUGACGAGGCAUGUGCAAAGAGUCAACUCGAUUUACAAGCACACAGACUUCAAUCAGGACGGGAGGCCAGACAACAUCAGCUUCAUGAUAAAACGCGUGAAAGUUCACAGCGAGGACGCGCUCAGGGAUCCCAAUUACCGAUUCCCAGGCAACUACGGCGUGGAAAAGUAUCUAGAGCUCUUCUCCGAAGAGGAUUACGACGCGUUCUGUCUGGCUUACAUGUUCACGUAUCGCGACUUCGAGAUGGGAACGCUGGGCCUCGCGUGGACAGGUGAUCUGAAGAACGCUGGCGGAGUUUGCGAGAAGAACGGGCACUAUCGCGGCAGUAUGAAGUCGCUGAACACCGGAAUAGUGACUUUACUGAAUUACGGCAAGCACGUACCACCCGCAGUUUCUCACGUCACUUUGGCCCACGAGAUCGGCCACAACUUUGGUUCACCGCACGAUCCGGAACAAUGCACACCCGGUGGGGAGGAUGGAAACUUCAUUAUGUUCGCUCGUGCUACCAGCGGCGACAAGCGUAACAAUAAUCGUUUCAGCCCGUGUAGCUUGAGUGCCAUAAACCCAGUUUUGAAUAGCAAGGCUCGUUCACCGAAAGGCUGCUUCACCGAACCGCAAGUGUCUUUGUGUGGAAACGGAGUGGUCGAGGAGGGUGAAGAGUGUGACUGCGGAUGGGAGGAAGAUUGCAGUUUCCCUCAACGUCGAUAUCCACCAACUGGUGAAACACCCUGUACGCUAACUCCAGAAUCCAUCUGCAGUCCUAGUCAAGGUCCAUGCUGCACUGCGGAGUGCAAUUUAAGAUUCGGAGACAAAUGCAGGGACGAUAACGGAUGCCGUGACGCGAGCUUUUGCGAUGGCCGAUCGCCAUACUGCCCCCCUUCUAUCAACAAGCCGAACAAGACAAUCUGCAAUCGCGAAUUCGUAUGCUUCAUGGGGGAGUGUACAGGUAGUAUAUGCCUUGCAUACGGAUUGGAAUCGUGCCAGUGCAUUCCAGGGCCAAAUGAUCCGUCGACGAAAGCUUGCGAGCUCUGUUGCCGUCUUCCUGGAGAGAAUCAACCCUGCCUGUCGUCUUUCGAUUGGAACUCACCACCCUAUGAUAUACCAGACAUGUUCUCCAAACCGGGGACACCUUGUAACGAUUAUAACGGAUACUGCGACGUUUUUCAAAAAUGUCGUGAGGUUGAUCCAAGCGGUCCUUUAGCAACCUUGAGGAAGCUUCUGUUAUCUGACGAAAGUCUGGCUACCUUCAGACGUUGGAUGAUAGAUCAUUGGUAUGCUGCCGCCUUGAUCAUUCUAGCUGCCGUAUCACUCUUGGUGGCGAGCAUGAGGUUGCUGGGCAAACGGCCGGAUCUGAAGCUCAAGUCGGUCACAAUAAUUCACAGCUCAACGACGGAAACGGUGCGACUCCCGCCGGAGGGAACGGAGGGGGUCACGGUACACCCUCCGGCUGUACGUGCAAAGCUUCCGCUCAGCAGAAAGGUCAGGGAGAAGAGGAGGCACCGCAAGCAUAAAGACUCACAGGGUAACGGAGUUGACAAGUCCGGCAAGGACGCGUCGAAGAAGAAAAAACAGCCUCAAACGAAGAGGACGUCGGCGAACGCUGAAGAUUUCGGUAGAAAAAGAACAACAGACGCGACCACUGCAGUGGUUCAAGAUAACAAACGUAAGAAGACCUCCACCAAUAGAGAUAAGCAAAAUUCCAACGCCAAUGGAUCUAACAACGCCGAUAACGACAAGAGAAAACGCAAGAAGCAACACAAGAAGGAAGUGAUCGAUUAUUCGGCCAUUCAGGCUGAGAAGGAGCCAGAGCCAAACGCUGAUCCUAAGAGCAAAGUUCGUUCAUGGUUGCUGGCGUCGUCUCAGUGUCGACCAGAGACCGGAAGAACAAAUGCAAGCGGUCUACCUAAGAGCAAGUCUACUCCGGUUGGUCUAACCAGCGCUGGGACCAGGUUACCUGUGACUAGACAGGUUCCCUCGAGGAGACCAGCUGAAUCUAGAGAAACUAAGGUUCCAGCUAGUUCCGUAGCACGCAAAGAAAGGGCCAAGCUUCAAGUAGUCUAUAAACCGCCUUUUAGAUUCAGCGUGAAGCUCAGAAAGUCCGAUAAGGUUGCACAGGUGCCUGCUCUGGCGCCGAAUACCACUCACGCGAACGGUAGACCUAAGCUUCCAAGAACAGGCGUUCUUCUGAGGACAGCUAAGAAGAAGGACAGAGUCAGAAUAGGCAGGGCCAGACAAAUAGCGCCUACAGGAAUAGGAAACAGUGCGGGUGAUUUACCUGAGCCGGCCAAUUCUGAUCUCCACACGGUUCCUUCUGACUUAGAGGUGUUACUAUCCGAGAGUGAGUUCCUCUUCUCAGACACGUGACCAACAAGGGACAUUUUGGAGAAUCUUUUAGCACGAUGAUCCUUUAUCGAUGAAAGAAAGGAAGGAAUCCCGUCCGACGAAGUCGAGAAGAAUACACUUGAGAAUCUUUCACAUGC